ACAGCUCCCCACCACAACCCACCCGGAGGCGCAGCUGCUACCAAUACUCUCCAAACCUGCGCCUAUGCUCUAGAAUAUUAUCUAUUUCCUCGUAGCACCUCUACAUCCUCUCAUUGACCUUCCUAUCCGACUGACGACCUACCCCAUCCUUUGUAGUUGCCUUGCCCCGCAUGGCCUCCCCGGAUACGCGGAGCUCGCCUUCGCCUUCGGCGUCCUUCUACGAUCUGAGCGAUGACGAAGAGGGCGAGUAUAAUACUAUCCGGCAUACAAGCAGCGGACGGGGAGUGAAGCUGCUGUAUUCAAAAAGCAAGGUCUAUGUACACCCUACGCCGUCCGCCAGAGACAACAUUCCCGGCUUCAUAGCGCUAGUGCAGCAGAAGUCACCAGCGGAAGCCAACGAUGCGCGACCCACCUCGUCCUCCUCCGCCCGCAGCGUGCAUUCGUCCAACCUGCUCCUCGCCUGGCUGCCCGAGACGUCCCUGGGCGAUUCCUACGAUACCUAUGUCAAGGUCGACAUGUCUGACUCGUCGUCUCCGCCGAGGCAGACCUACCUUGUUCCCCCGCCGCCUGUGACUACUUCACAUGGCUCUACGAUCGGUACAUACGCGUUCGCCGUCCCAGUGAGCGAGAUAUACUCGCUGCUGGUGCGCCCGCCGAGCAUAGGAUGGUGGUUUGGGAGUGUGGUGGUCAAUACGCGUGCGGGCGAUAGCUUUCCGGCUUUAUUCUUCCACGAUAGCGAGUGCCAGUCGACCAUUAUGCAGCGGAAGAAGCUGGCUCGGGAGAGCUUUGACCCGUUCAGCGAUGGUGGCGGCAUGUUCUGGGGCGGCGAUGAGGUCUUGCGGUGGCUGAAGAGAUACGUCAACGUCGAGCGUUCUGGAGUGGAUGCCAGCAUCUACCUCAUCGAGCCCAGCGAGGAAGAUAGACGAUCAGUGGGGAGGAAUGCACCUCGGUCGCCAAAGGCCAAAGCUGCUGACCGGGGAGAAGGCGGCGCUUCUUCGUCUCAGACGCCCGGGAAGAGAGACGGUGGGAUGGAUCCUGUAACCAAGGCGCUGAAGGAGGCGAGGUGGAAUUUCCUCGAGAAGCUAAGCCAGGUGACGACUUUCACUAGGAGGACGGCGCAAGCUGUAGCAGAGAACCCGAAACUUCCCCCUCAGGUGCGGCGGCUGAUCCAGAAUCCGGAGGUGCAGACGCUUCAGGAGGAAUUCGAUAGCGCCCGACUGUAUCUGGCGAGAUGGGCUAUGGGCAUCGCAGAGCAGAGCGAGCGGGAACGCAAUCAGAGGAUAUGGACUGCAAAGGAUGUCCUGGCCAUGGAGCAGAGCGAUGUUGGAGACUUCGAGAUUCUAGAUAUGGAGAGGAUGUCGAUGGCCGACAAGAGGAAGCCUCUGACCAUGAAAGAGUGGACGGAAUUUUUUGACGGGCAGGGCCGGCUACAGAUCACGCCUGAUGAGGUCAAGGAGCGCAUAUUCCACGGCGGUCUACAUCCCGACGAUGGCGUACGAAAAGAGGCGUGGCUUUUCCUCCUCGGCGUAUACGACUGGGAUAGUUCGGAAGAGGAGCGGAAAGCGAACCUUAAUAGUCGUCGAGAUGAGUACAUCAGGCUCAAGGGCGCUUGGUGGGAGCGAAUGGUCGAAGGCCACCACUCCCUAGAGCAAGAAGAGUGGUGGAAGGAGCAGAAGAACAGAAUAGAGAAGGAUGUGCAUCGAACAGACCGAACUAUUCCGAUCUUCAUGGGCGAAGACACGCCUCAUCCUGACCCGGACUCACCCUUCGCGGACGCCGGAACGAACGUCCAUCUCGAGCAGAUGAAGGACAUGUUGCUUACGUACAACGAAUACAACAAGGAUCUUGGAUAUGUGCAGGGAAUGAGCGAUCUGCUUGCGCCUAUCUAUGCUGUCAUGCAAGAUGAUGCGGUUGCGUUCUGGGGAUUUGUGAAUUUUAUGGACCGCAUGGAGAGGAACUUCCUCCGCGACCAAUCCGGCAUGCGAAAGCAGCUUCUCACCCUCGACCAGCUCGUGCAGCUCAUGGAUCCUAAGCUCUAUCUCCACCUGCAGUCCGCCGAUUCGACCAACUUUUUCUUCUUCUUCCGCAUGCUGCUCGUCUGGUACAAACGAGAGUUCGAAUGGGCCGAUGUGCUCAGACUGUGGGAGACGCUCUGGACGGAUUAUCUCAGCAGCAACUUCCACAUCUUCAUCGCGCUGGCCAUCUUGGAGAAGCAUCGGGAUGUCAUCAUGGCGCAUCUCAAGCAUUUCGAUGAGGUCUUGAAGUAUGUGAAUGAGCUCUCUGGUACCAUCGAUCUGGAAUCCACCCUCGUGCGCGCUGAAUCAUUGUUCCGGAGAUUCCAGCGGACAGUCGAAACGAUUGACAAGAAGGGCAACUUCCCGUCAGCCCCCCAAGCAAGACAACGGAAGUCGAUUGCUUCACCACCAACCUCGCCGGGUCCGUCGAAUACCAACGGUCAAGCUGCUACAUCAGCCACCGAUAAGGGGAAGCAACCGACCGGAGAAGAAGACGGAAAGGUAAUUAGCCCUGAGUUGCGGGGUUUGCUUAGUCGGAAAGUCGAGAAGCUCGACAAAGAAGACGUGGUGAAGCAUGGCGGUGGGUCGGGGUUGUAGGCGCAGUGAUCCACGAUAAUGCAACACACGGCUUCUAAGCAAUCGGGAGGCUCUCCUAUCUCGUUUUCAUUGACGGGUAUCGGUAUACAUAUCAGCAAAAGGGCGCGAUCCACAUCUCCUUCAAUGGAUGCGCUAGUGCAUAUACGGCGUUCAGGUCACGAUGGUCAAGUGUAUGGAAUUCGGCAAUGUGGGUACCGCGUUCGUCUUUCACUGCUCUCUUAUCAUGCAUACACCUCACUCUUCUCGAACAACACGCUGGU